CGGAAAUCUCCCCAAGAGGACACAGGCGUGCUUGGGCAAAUGUGAUCAUGGGUUGGCACACAAUCGAGGCAACGUGAUAAAACACAAUUACAUUGCAUAAACCAUGCAAUGUUACUCAAUAAAGGCUGUAUCUGUACAUAAUUUCUGUAUCAUACCUACCUUACCUAAAUGUAGCCACAUGCAUGUGGCGCUGCUCGCCUCCAGCCACUCGCAGCCCCCCUCCAUGCCAACGGGAGUUCCAGCUCUCAAACUGCUUCGGUACCUGCCGAGCAGAUUCCAAACCCUGUUCGUCUGCGACAACGUCCAGCGUCGGACUCGGGUGCUCUCUUCAAUUGGCUCUCCCUCCUUUCCAUCUCUUUUCGUGAUGCCUUCACAGCCUUCGAAUGCGGGCAUCGUCACCGACGAGAACAGUGGUGACCGAGAGAUCCCGCAGUCUGUCCGCGCAGACGGCAGUACUCGUAAAGCUAUCAAAAUUCGUCCGGGUUACCGCCCUCCCGAGGAUGUCGAAGUCUACAAGAACCGCACUGCCGAAGCCUUUCGCGAGCGCGGUAAGAAGAUUGGCAUUCCAGGUGCCACAGGCUUGAAGGAGGAGAGCUCCGAACAAAGCUCGGCUGCAAGCAACAAGAACGCCAAGCGUCGCGAGGCUCGAAAAAAAGCAAAGGCUGCGGAGGGUGAUGCUCCAGCCCCUACAGAAGAGACAAAGCCCGAGGAAGUCGAUCCCGAAGUUGAGCGCGAGAAAAAGGCCCGAAAUCUUAAGAAGAAGUUGAAGCAGGCUAAGGACCUCAAGAACAAGAAGGAAGGUGGUGAGGCUCUGCUCCCCGAGCAAAUCGCAAAGGUCAUCAAAAUCAACGAACUUAUUAGAGAGUUGGAUGCACUCGGUUUCGACGCUGAGGGGGAGCCCAAGAAGGCGACCACUGACGACGAAGGUGAAAAGAAGGACUGAGACAGUUUAUGCGACUUCGGCUCGAAAUUUAUUACUGCAAGAUAAAAUGCUUCGAACAGACGCUGGUAAAUCUAGGGCCGCGUUUCUGUGUGAAUUACUUCUCACCAGGACAUAUGACCUCUGAUGCAAAGUCGGAUGACCAAGAUACAUAUUUUUUGCGGCCUAUACGUAACUCGACAUCAACAGCAAGCCGUCUCCCAGCUAUUACACGGGAUCAUUUAGCCGAGCUUGUGGCCCUUGCCAUCACUCGGAUGUAUUCUGGCCCUUCAUUUUGAAAUCGGCGCACCCUCUGCUCUUCCCGACCACCUUGUCGAUCUUGAGGACAGACGAGCAACAGGCACGAUGUGCUACGUGCGCAAAGCUAAAGGCUGGGUCGGAGUGUACCAAAAUCAUGUUUCUGAGUAAAUUAGAUAUAAAAUGAGAGCUACGAAAUUCCCCAAUAUGUAAUCGUCUUUGAGGCCAGAAAAUCGGUCACUGG